ACAACCGUCACAACUUGCGUUAACGCGAGGAGAGGAUCUAUUUCGUAACAUCUCUGAAAUGAAAAUCGCUGUAGCUCUGUUUAUGUUGGCGGUGGCGGCAUCUGUGCCACAGGUUAAGGGUCAGAACUGGAUGAUGAACUAUUUAAUGAUGCAGAACCUUCUUGGUGAUUCUACAAGCCAAUCUGCUGGAGCCAAUACCGCUGCCGGCGCUGGAACAACCGGAACCCCGUCGCCAACUGGAAGUGGAUUCGAUCUAUCUGCUCUAGUCGGAGGAGGCCAGCAAAGCAACCCGUUGUUCCGAAUGAAUGCUAUGACCGGAGGAUUUGGAGAUCAAAUGCAAGAUUUGACCUACUGCUCCAUGUUACCUCGGGGUAUGCAGCAAAUUUGUAUGUUUAGAGCCAUGGGCAUGAUGUAAAAAAUCAAUUAGUGACGAUGCUGAACCCGAAUUAUGACUUGCCGACUAACCUCGUGACGCCAAGUGACGUUGGUGAUGAGACGUCACCGUUUCACCCGCACAAUAUACGCAUAUCGUGUUCUUCUAGAAGUCAUUUGUGUGUUAUGUCCGUUCAUGUCUUCAAAAUUGACGUCGCACAUUUUGAUGGAAGGACACUUUCGCCAACUCUUUUUUUGUGUAUUUAUUAAUUUAUUCUUUGCACUGAGAAACUGUAAAUUUUGAUACACGUCGUGAUAACGGUUUUAAUGGUAUUUGAAGUUUGACCUUUAGUAACUAUACCAAAUAUCUUAAUGUCAUAAAUAAUAUAUACCGUUUAAUUACCGACGGAAUUAAUAGAGAUUAAAUAAUUUGACGAGCCACAUAUUUUCUUAAACAUUCGGAAUACGUUGGACAUUUAUUUUUAUAUACAUUUCACCUCUUCACUAUGCUCAUUUUCACAUUUAUGUUGACAUUAUUUGUUACUUUAAGUUAUUUAUUUAUAAUUAAAAAAUGAUCAUA